AUGUGUUCAACAAAUCAGAGCAACAAUCAAGACUUUGACUUCCUCUUGAUAGGUUUUCCUGAUCUUCAAGAUACACAAAAAUGGCUCUCUGUCCCAUUCUUUAUUGUGUUUCUUGUUUCAUUAUUUGGCAAUAUAACAAUUGUUCUGAUUAUAGCGAGUGAACAAAGCCUCAGGGAACCAAUGUAUUAUUUGAUUUCCAUGCUGCUAGCUGUAGAUUUCAUUGCAGGUGUUGCUCUGCUUCCCCUACUUUUAGCAAUACUGUGGUUUGGUUCUUUGACUAUACAUUAUAAUGCUUGUUUUGUGCAGAUGUUUGUGACUUCUUUUACUGGGGUCAUGGAAUCAAAUGUGUUAGUAUUAAUGGCUUAUGAUAGGUAUAUCGCAGUAUGUAAUCCUUUGAAGUACUCAGAUAUAGUAACAAAAGCAUUUGUUGUUAAAGGAAUCUUUCUUAGUACUCUUAGAAGUCUUUGUGCUGUGCUUCCUGCACAGAUUUUUGCUAGCAUGUUACCAUUCUUUGGUAAUGUUACUAUUAAUAAUGCUUAUUGUGAGUAUUUUGCUGUAGUAAAUGCAACAUGCAAUAAUACGUCUAUAAGCAAUCUUUUCAGCUACCUUGUAAUUUUUCUGAUAGGAGUACCAGAUGCAGCUCUGAUUGCAUUAUCAUAUUGUAUGAUUUUAGACGCAGUAUUAAAACUAAAAUCAAUGGAAGCUCGUAAAAAGGCAUUUAGUACAUGCAGUUCCCAUGCACUUGUGAUUAUAAUUUUGUAUUUGUCAGCAACUCUGUCAACAUUAGCUUCUCUCUUUGAAAACAAGUUUGCCGCAUAUGUUCAUGUCAUGCUUUCAGUUCUCUAUGUUGUUACACCACCUGUUUUAAACCCUAUCAUAUAUGGUAUAAAGUCUAAGCAUAUACGUCAAGCCUUACUAAAAUACAUACAAAAGAUUUUUGACAUGUAA